CUCAAUGGCGCUGUCUUGGUCUUGGGCCCCUAGUUUCCUUUGAUCUUAGAAAAGCGGUUUUCCGUUUCAACUCGGUACAGCUUGGACUUGGCGGAAAAGAAAAGAUUCUCAGGGCAAUCAAUCUCCUCACCCAGAUACAGAGCAAAACAAAUACAAUGCCGGGGUAUUUUUAAAUAAUUCCAGCUCCCUCCCAACUAAUUAUCAUCUUUCUCCAGCCUUUUUUCGGAUUGGAAUAUUCGAUUGUUCGACGGUAUCUUCGAUUAUUUCUCUCGAGCUCCCGCAUUCGUCGAGUAGGUCUCGGAGAUAUUCGUCGAGGAUUACAACUCAAUUGAUCGCUUGGCAGAUGUCUGUUCGUAUGUUGGUAGCUAUCCUCGAAAAUUUUGAGCAGGAGAAGAUGGAUUCAGCAGCAGUUCUUUUCUGAAUGUUGAAUUGUUGUUGAACAAUUCAUGUUAGCGCAUAGCCCCCCUUAGGUUUCCAUCAAAUUCUCUUUGUUGGGGAUUUCUGGGUUUUCCAUAAAGUGCCGAGCUUUCGUGUGAUUGAUUGCAGCUCGCCUUGAUUGGGGUUGUGUGAGUUAGGUCUGGUUGGUGGUUUAUCGGUGUCAUCACACAGAAGGAAGGGAUGGUAAGUGUUAAUCUGGGGAUGCUCCAUUAUGUGCUAGACCACAUCUAUGGAGCGGUGAUGCACAGGAGCAGGCUGGGCACCCCAUUCUUCUCGAAAGGAUGGGGUGGUACGCAACUUGCUCUCUUGGAGAGAAUGGUUCAUGAUUUGUUCCCUGAACUGGAGGCCCGAGCCCAGCCUCCGAGUAUGAUUCAGCCGAUUUGGAGAACGAUUUGGGAGAGCAGAACUGCUUGUUUAAGGGAAGGCGUCUUUAAAACGCCUUGUGAUGAGCAGCUCAUUAGUGCAUUGCCCCCUGAAAGUCACACCGCAAGGGUCGCCUUUCUUGCUCCGAAACUGGGGGAUCCACAAAGGAUGGCUUGUGUGGUUCAUCUUGCUGGAACUGGAGAUCACACCUAUGAGCGCCGCUUGCGCCUUGCCGGACCAUUGCUGAAGGAGAAUAUUGCCACCAUGGUAUUGGAAAGCCCUUUUUAUGGACAAAGGCGGCCGAUGAUGCAGCAGGGUGCCAAACUCUUGUGUGUUAGUGACUUGCUUCUACUGGGUAGGGCAACAAUUGAGGAGGCACGUAGUCUCUUGUACUGGUUAGACUCUGAAGCAGGUUUUGGCAAGCUGGGUAUUUGCGGGCUUAGCAUGGGUGGUGUUCAUGCUGCGAUGGUGGGAUCAUUGCACCCAACACCUGUUGCAACUCUGCCUUUCCUUUCUCCGCACUCUGCUGUUGUGGCUUUCUGUGAGGGUAUACUACAACAUGGCACUGCUUGGGAGGCACUGAGAGAGGACCUAGCAGCACAAAAGGUUGCAAUGACUCUCGAGGAAGUGAGAGAAAGGAUGCGCAAUGUGCUUUCUCUCACUGAUGUCACGCGCUUUCCAAUCCCCAAAAAUCCCAAGGCUGUCAUUUUUGUCGCUGCAACUGAUGAUGGUUAUAUUCCAAACUACUCGGUUAUGGAGCUUCAAAAUGCUUGGCCCGGGUCAGAGUUGAGGUGGGUGAAGGGCGGUCACGUUUCAUCGUUCCUUCUUCACAACAGCGAGUUCCGAAGAGCGAUUAAAGACGGUCUAGACAGAUUAGAGUGGAAAGAAUCCGCAUUGUGACAUUGACUAACAUCGAAGAAGUUAACAACUUUAUUUGUCCCUCCUUGACCUGCAUCCCUGCCCUGCACAUAGAACGGUCCAUCGGACCCCUCAAAGAUACCCUCUGAAGAUUGCAGUUUAAGUGAUGAUGCUCAGUGUCUUGUGACUGUUACUUGAUUCAUUGUUGUACAACCUUUUCAUUUCAAAGGAAUACAGAUACUGGGUUGUA